AUGUCGGGUGAAGAAGCAAUGCAAGAAUUAGAGGAGGUUUCAGUUGAAUUAAAAGAAAAGGAAGAAAUUGAACUUAUAGAAACAGCGGAAGCUGGUGGUACACAAGACGAUACCGCCCAAGUAACAUUUGUAGAAGGAUUAGUUAAUCUAUGCCAAUUGUUAUUUUCGCCUGUUUUCGUCCAAACAUUUAUACUCACGUUCCUGGCAGAAUGGGGAGAUAGAUCACAAAUUGCAACAAUUGCCAUGGCUGCUGCAAAGGUUUAUGGCAGCAAAGAUCUCAGUAAAAAAAGGUAA